AAAGGGAAACCUGUUCCUUUCUUCAAAUGUCAUAAAUGUCAUCUGACUGCCUGUGGCUGGGGUCAUGACGUGUCUUCACAGGUCCACAUCAGUUCCUGGGGAAUCCCUGCUUCCUUUCUGUGUCCCGCAGAGCUGUCUGUAUCCUGCCCCUUUCCCAAGCGCAUGUCCACCAAGGCCCCAGUGGUACCCUUGCAUGGGGACUCCAUGGACCACUGGUUCUGGGCUGCCUCAACCCAGCCCAGUCCAUCCUUUUCAGCUGUGGCUAGCAUCCCCCAUCUGGGUGGCCCAUGAGGCUGGCUGCAAACCUGCUUGGCCCUGUAGUCCACCAGGCCAGAGUCCCCUGCACCAUCUCUAUCUCGGGUUUCAUCCUGAACUCUGGAGCUGGGGCAUCCAGAGGUCCCUCUUUGGGGGGGUCCUACCACCAGGACCCCUCAUCUGCCCCCUCAGAACUUCCUCCUGCCCUUAGGGACCCAGGAUAGACCUGUCCUCCCUAACCUCAACUCCUGUCCCCGAUGACAGCUGCUCUUGGCCAAUCACAGCCCCUUGCCACCCCCUUUCCACAUCUCCCAUCAGUUCCUCCUUGUGGGCCCGAGUCACUGGGUAGACAGCCCCUCCUCACUUCCUCCUCCCGGGGAAUCAGAGCUAUUGUCUUGCCUGGCUUCCCCAUCCCAGGACCCUCUCCAGCCACAAACAGCCCACCAGCAAGCUCGGGGCAUAUCUUGGAAGCCCCAGGGGGCUGCGAUGGGACGGGAGCCAUGAAUGGUGCCGCCCCCGGCCCGGUCCCAGACUGGCGGCAGUUCUGCGAGCUGCACGCACAGGUGGCCGCCGUGGACUUCGCACACAAGUUCUGUCGCUUCCUGCGGGACAACCCUGCCUACGACACCCCCGACGCUGGGGCCUCCUUCUCGCGCCACUUCGCUGCCAACUUCCUGGACGUCUUCGGAGAGGAGGUGCGGCGUGUGCUGGUGGCCGGGCCGGCGCCUCGGGGGACAGCAGAGCGUGAGGCCAUGGAGCCGGAGGCCUCGGCGCCCCCGGCCCUCAAGGCGGCCACCUGUGGCCACUCGCGCAGCUCGGAGGACGUGUCCGGCUCGGUUGCCAAGGCCCGCGCCCGCAAGGGCUUCUCACUGCGCAAUAUGAGCCUGUGCGUGGUGGACGGCGUGCGCGACAUGUGGCACCGCCGCAGCUCCCCAGAGCCGGACGCGAACGCGGCCCCCAGGGCCACGGAGCCCUCCGCUGAGCCGCGCGACAAGUGGACGCGGCGCCUGCGGCUGUCGCGGACCCUGGCGGCCAAGGUGGAGCUGGUGGACAUCCAGCGCGAGGGUGCGCUGCGCUUCAUGGUGGCCGACGACGCAGCCACGGGGCCUGGAGGCUCCGCGCAGUGGCAGAAGUGUCGCCUGCUCCUCCGCAGGGCCGUCGCUGGAGAGCGAUUCCGCCUGGAGUUCUUUGUGCCACCCAAGGCCUCCAGGCCCAAGGUCAGCAUUCCCCUGUCAGCCAUCAUGGAGGUCCGCACCACCAUGCCUCUGGAGAUGCCGGAGAAGGACAACACCUUUGUGCUCAAGGUGGAGAACGGAGCUGAGUACAUCCUGGAGACCAUCGACUCGCUGCAGAAGCACUCGUGGGUGGCUGACAUCCAGGGCUGCGUGGACCCUGGUGACAGCGAGGAAGACACUGAGGUGUCCUGUGCCCGGGGAGGCUGUCUGGCCAGCCACGUGGCCUCCUGCAGCUGUGAGCUCCUGACAGACGCAGACCUACCCCGGCCCCCAGAGACUACGGCGCCCGGUGCAGUGGUGACAGCCCCACACAGCCGUGCUCGAGAUGCCCUCGGAGAGUUCCUGCCACAUGUCCCACUAGAGACCUUCCUUCAGACCCUGGAGUCCCCAGGCACCAGCAGUGGUGACAGCAAUAAUGCAGGGGAAGAGGGUGCUGAGCCAGAUCCCGAGGUGGAGCCCAAGCUGGAACUCUCUGACUACCCCUGGUUCCAUGGGACACUGUCACGGGUCAAGGCCGCGCAGCUGGUGCUGGCAGGAGGGCCCCGGAGCCAUGGACUCUUCGUGAUCCGCCAGAGUGAGACCCGGCCCGGGGAGUACGUGCUGACCUUCAACUUCCAGGGCAAGGCCAAGCACCUGCGCCUGUCCCUGAACGGCCACGGCCAGUGCCACGUGCAGCACUUGUGGUUCCAGUCUGUGCUGGACAUGUUGCGCCACUUCCACACUCACCCCAUCCCCCUGGAGUCAGGGGGCUCCGCCGACAUCACCCUACGAAGCUAUGUGCGGGCCCAAGGCCCCCCACCUGACCCAGGGCCGUCGCCCAGUGCCGCGCCCGCGCCCGCGCCCCCUGCCUGCUGGGCCGAGCCCGCCGGCCAGCACUACUUCACCAGCCUGGCCGCGGCCUCCUGCCCUCCAGCCUCGCCCUUGGAAGCCGCUGGCGCCUCGUCCUCCUCCGCCUCGUUGUCCUCGGCCGCAUCGGUGCCCGUGCCCCCGCGCGCCCCCGAAGGCCCGCUUAGCGUGCGCAGCCGCAGCAAUAGCGCCGAGCGCCUGCUGGAGGCAGCCGCCGGCUCCGGGGAAGAGACCGCCGAGGCAGCGCCGGGACGCGCCCGCGCCGUGGAGAACCAGUACUCCUUCUACUAGGGAGGGCUGAGCUUGACAGAAGCCCCGCCCACUGCGGCACAGACCCCGCCCUCCACGGACCGGCCCGCCCCUCGACGGCACGCUCCGCCCACCGGCCCUAGCCCGGAGCUGGGAGAAAAGCGAAGCUCUUCAGUGAAGACAUAAAUGUUAUUAAAGAGCCUGUU